UACAUCCGUUUCCGCCCAGCGCCAUUUUGAUGAAACAGCGAGGAGACAAGCAGCUCGGUCAACCGAAAUGGAUUUUAUGGAUUAAAAUUCAAAUUAAAACUGGAUUCACAAGUUAUUUUUUUUUCUACCUGGAAGACAUCGUGUGUCGUACGAGAUUACCUUCAUCCUAGUCCCAUAACUGUUUGAUUUUACAUGAUAUUUUGAUAGCCAGCUUUGAGUUGUUACUGUUAGCAUUACAACGUUGAGCACUUAGCCGUGCUCCCAGAAUGUACCGAAGCUAAUCUCGAGGUUGGCGGUUAGCUAAGUAAGCUAAUAUAACUAUUGUUCGGCAGAUUUCCAUUUCAGAAUACCCCUUUAACAGUGAAAACGACACACGCGUGGACUCGAGGAGGCUCUCGCGCAGCGUUAAGGACUCUUCGUGGAGCUCGGUAGUGUUUGUUUUGGCUGGAACUGUUCCUGUAAGGCAAACAUUACGCACACGGACUGAUGCUCGGGAAACCCCAGGCCUGCUGCUAGCCACAUUUAGCGGCUUGUAGCGGGCUUUUCCCACCAAGGACAGAUCACAGAGGACUUGGCAUUUUACUUUCCACGUAUUAUAUUUUCUCUAUUCUACUUGGACUUUCUUGGAUUUGCUGUGUUUUAUUGGACUUUUGAAGAACUGUCGCGCUGCUCAAUGGCGCACUGGCCUCAAAUCUCAGUUCUUUUUCUUUGGCACUAACAUGGACUCUGUCGUCAUCUGCGACUUGAACCCUUCCCUAUUUUAGUCCCUUCUUUUGUCCACAGUGUUUCCAUCGAGUAUAAAGAAGCUUUCCCUAUUAAAAUCACCAGAUUUAAUUAGCAUCCUGUGUCCAGUGUAACGCUGUUUAACUUUGUUAUAUCACAGGCCUGUGUUUUUUUCUUCUUGUGCUUGAUUGACGUAAGUUCCUAGACCUGUAAAAAUGUCGUGUGUUCACUAUAAGUUUUCCUCCAAACUGGACUACAACACAGUCACUUUCGAUGGGCUGCAUAUCACCCUCAACGAGCUGAAGAAGCAGAUCAUGGGCCGAGAGCGCCUCAAGGCCACAGACUGCGACCUGCAGAUCACCAAUGCGCAGACUCGAGAAGAAUACACAGACGAUGAAGCCCACAUCCCGAAACACUCGUCCGUAAUCGUCCGCCGCACUCCGAUCGGUGGAGUAAAACCUGCUGGCAGGACGUUCAUUGUAGAUCGUUCUGACACAGCUGUGGUGGGAUCGUCUAGACCCACCGAUUCUUCUCCUUCUAUGUCACUUGCCCAACUUGCCAAGACUGCUAACCUGGUCGAUGCAAAUGCAUCAGAAGAGGACAAGAUCAGAGCCAUGAUGUCUCAGUCCAAUCACGAAUAUGACCCUAUACACUACUCCAAGAAAGCAGUAGGACCUCCACCUGCUCACUACACCUGCUUUCGUUGUGGAAAGGCGGGUCAUUAUAUUCGUCAGUGCCCUUUGCUGAUGGUCCAGGAUAAGAGUGUGGAGGGACCCAAGCCUGUUAGAACCAGCAAAGGAAUCCCUCAGAGCUUUAUGGUGAAAGCAGAGCCAGGCACUAAGGGAGCCAUGUUGACCAGCACUGGAGAAUACGCCAUACCUGCUAUAGAUGCGGAGGCAUACGCACAGGGAAAGAAGGAGCGCCCUCCGUUCGUCCCACACGACCAGUCGUCAUCUGAGGACGAUUCAGACCCGAUCCCCGAUGAACUCUUGUGCCCGAUCUGCAACGAUCUGAUGACUGAUGCUGUAGUAAUACCCUGCUGUGGAAACAGUUACUGCGAUGACUGUAUCAGGACUACUUUGUUAGACUCGGAAGAGCACAUCUGCUACACGUGCAAACAAUCCGACGUUUCUCCGGAUAAUCUCAUCGCCAACAAGUUCCUCCGACAGGCGGUGAAUAACUUUAAGAAUGAGACAGGAUACACCAAGCGUAUUCGCAAACAGCUCCAAAACGCAGCCCCGCCUCCACCGCGCCCCCAGCUGCUCAGACCUCUGCACUCAAGACAGCAGGACCCACUCAUGGCCAACAUAUCUCAACCUCCUCCUACUAUCCCCGCCACUGCCCCUCCAGCACAGAUCCCACCCCCUGCACCAACACCUGCACCCGCACCUACCCCUGUCGCCUCCACUGCUCCAGCGUCUGCUCCUACUCCUCCUCAUGCUGUUGAAGAACAUGCGUCUUCACCUGCCCCUCCACCUGUUGUUGACCACCAUUCACCGAUGGACUCUAGCAGCCAGGGUGAACCCCCUCCACCAGGUGAGACGGAUCCAGAACCUAUCCUAAAACCAGACUCAUCACAAACCUCUGAAAGCGGAUCGCAGGGCUACCAUUCAACUUUUGUUGGCCACCUGCCACCCAUGAGACAAUCUCAUUCAUCAGGUCACCAGUCGCGGCCCCACCACUCUGGCAGAGGGGGAGGCAGAAACUGGGAGAGCAGGUCUUUCAGAAGUAGAGGAGAGCACAACUCCAAUCAGCUCCAUACAGCUCCACCACCUGCUCCUGUCCCUCCGAUGUACCAAGCUCCCUCCCUUUACCCACCUCCACCCCAGGCCUACCCUCCACCCUUCCCCACUGGCCCUGGCCUCCUUCCUCCUGCAAUGGGUUACCAGCCCCAGCCUCUUUAUGCCCCUGGACCACCAGUGCUCAACCCUCCCUUUUUCCCCCCCGGUGGCCAGCCUCCUCUUCUCCCUCUUCCUCCUUCCCUCUCUCAGCCCCCCCUCUCCAAGGAGGAAUUCUACAGACAGCGGCAUCACAGACAGGACAAAGUAACAUCCAAACUGGAUGAGUUUACGAAGGACUUUCACAAAGAGCUCAUGAAGUACAGAAAUGCACCAAAGAGACGAAGACCAUCUUAUUCCAGGUCACGUUCAUAUAGUCGCUCUCCAUUCAGCCGUUCUCCUUACUCUCGCUCCAGAUCAAGAUCCAGAUCCAGGUCCAGGUCUUACUCGUAUUCCCCCAGCAGAUCCCGCUCCCGUUCACGCUCCCAUGGCCGGUCUUAUCCACGCUCCCCAUACUCCAGACGGAAUGGACGCAGCUAUGGACGCUCACGUUCAAGGUCCCGCUCUCGUUCGAGGUCUUUUGGAUAUCGGCGCUCUGGCUCACCGCGGACUCCUCCUCCCUACCGGCCAGGAGUCUGGGAGGGACCAGAGGGACCAGGACCUUUCAGGUCUAGGUCACGGUCUCGCUCUCCUGGUGGCUACAGGAGCCGAAGCCCUGGUGGGCGAAAGCCACCGCCACGGGAGCUUGAACCCUAUGAGAUGAAGGGUCUGAGUCCUGGAGGACAAGAUCGCUGGGAAAGGGAGCGGUAUCGACAGUGGGAGAAGCAGUACGCAGACUGGUACAACAAAUACUACAAAGACUAUGAACACCAACAUCCCUCACUGCAUCACAGAGGUCGAGGCAGCAGAGACAGGGAGAGGGACAGAAUGUCUCCUCCACCCAGAGAUUACUCCCCUCAGGGGAGAGGGAGAAGAGGGAGAGAUGAUAGAGGUCCUCCACCUCACCAUCCUCAAUCCUCCUCUUCAUCAGGGACUAAGACAAGCACUAAAGUCCUGAAGACAAAGAAAGUGAAAAAGAAGAGGAGUGGAGACGAGCCUGAACAAUCACAGUCGAUGGACAGAGGUGAUGCUACACCUGUCAGAGAUGAGCCAAUGGAUGAUGUCCCUCCAGUGUCCUCAAAGCCUUCAGGUGGCGCUACAACCACCAAAGCACCAGCCUCAAAAAGCUCUUCUUCAUCCAUCAAACCCUCAACCAAGCCAACAUCCAAACCUCAGUCUGACAAGACAAAGAAAGACAAGCCUCUGAAGGUAAAGGCUAAAGUAAAGACGGAGGCUGUGAAGGCGAAGAGUGACAAAGUGAAGAAAAAGACUGGAGAGGGAGUGGUCACCAAAAAGAAAGAAUCUUCCUCAUCUGUCUCUAAACCGUUAAGGUCCAUUAAAAAAACAGAAGAUGCCCCAAACUCAACCACUCCUAAAAAAGAGAAAGGAAAAAGCUCUGCAGUGAGGCCUGCCCUCCUUAAGACCCCUCCUCUGCCCUCCCACAACCUCUCUCUACACCACCCUUCCCUUCAUGACGGCCCCCGACCAGGGCAUGACAUCCGGGGUAGACGAGAUCUUCCUCAGGGUGGCGGACUCCUACCGCUCCCACAUCCGCACGGACCACCACUCCUCCACAGACCUUCCUCCCCGGUGGACAGUCGGAGGAGGAUGGGGAUGGAGGGCCGCUCGUUGCUUGGACCUCCGCCUGGGAAGCUGAGGAGGAUAGACGGAUUAGGGGGUGAUGUCAUGUCCCUCUCACACAUGUCUCAUCAGCCUCCGCUCCACAGACUCCCACCCCCCUCAGACAGGCCUGGUCUUCUUCCCUUACCAGGGAGCCGAGAGAUGGGCCGUGAGAUGGGCCGUGAGAUGGGGCGUGAGAUGAGCCGUGAGAUGGGCCGUGAGAUGGGCCGUGAGACGGGCCGUGAGACGGGGCGUGAGAUGGGGCGUGAGACGGGGCGUGAGACGGGGCGUGAGAUGGGCCGUGAGACGGGGCGUGAGAUGGGCCGGGACAUGGGCCGUGAGACGAGCCGAGACAUGGGCCGUGAGACAGGUCGUGAGACGGGCCGGGACAUGGGCCGUGAGACGGGUCGUGAGACAGGCCGGGACAUGGGCCGUGAGACGGGUCGUGAGAUGGGCAGAGAGACGAGCAGAGAGACGAGCCGAGAUGAUGCAGAUCGAGGAUCCAUCAGACCUCUGAUGGACCUUCAGGUGAAGCCUCUGGCCCAGAGGAGGAUUAAGCUGAACCGAGAUCUGGGGAGAAAAGGCAGCACUGAAACUCCACCUUCAGACAGAACACCAUCAGGUCCUGAGAGGACAACCUCUACCUCAGACAGAUCAGCGGCAUCCAGCACUUCUGAAGGAGACCGACCCAGCAGCACAGCAGAAAGUGCCAGGAGAAAGGAGCGGUCGUCAUCCGCUGAGAAGGGAGGGUCCCGAGAAAGACCAGGAAGUGCUGGGGAGAGAUCACAGGGCUCUGACAGAGAGCAUAACAGAAGCUCAGGAGCGGACAGAGAGCGAGACAGACCCUCAGGAUCAGAACGCGACCGAGACAGAGGGGUGGGUUCUGACAGAGAGAGGGACAGGGUCUCUGGUUCCAGCUCACAAAAGGUCUCAGUUACAGUUGACAGAGAUGCUGAUGGAGAGAGGUCGGUGAGGACGGAAAGAAAGAACUCCGGCGGUGGAGGAGGGAGAUCUGUCUCUCUGGAUAAAAUGACCAUUGCAGAGAAAUCAGCUGUCACCAAGAAAACUACAGAUCAUCCGGAGAAACCAAGCGUAUCCGCAAAAGAGAAAGGGGAGGGGUCCGAGAGAGCUUCUAAAUCUGACAGGAGUGUUUCCAAGGACAGAGCAGAGAGGAGUGCACCCUCAGGAGAGAAACCGGCUGCUGCUCACAGAGAAGCAGUGAAGGAUGGUGAGGAGUCUGCCGUGAAACGCAGACCGAGGAUCAGUCGUAAGGCACUCUCGAGCAGCACGACAAGCUCCACCAGGUCAACUCAAGAAACAAAGCAGGACUCAGACAAAGACCAGAAGAGUGAACCAUCCAAGCCUGCAGAGCAGCCACCAUCCAGCCCUGUGACCAGCAGAGGCCGCAGCCCAAGUGUCAGCCCACCACGCAGCCCGGUAAGAGAGGAGCCGCUCAUUCAGCCUCCUCCUCGCUCCAAAUGGGAGAGAGAGGAUGAUGAAGACGGCCAGGAAAAUGGACUUAAUGCCCCCAAGGAGCCGUCACCAGUGCCACAGAAAGGCAGAGGAAGAGAGGUGCAGGCUGAAGCUCCAAAGCCUGUCAAGACUGAAGGCAAGGAGGCCACUAGGGAGGAGAAAAGAGGCGUUGUGAGAGGAGAGGAGAAGAAAGGGAAAGCACCAAAGGAGGAGGGUAAAAGUGGCCGGCCAGCACAGAAAAAUUCUGAUAAACCAAAAGUAAAACUUGUGAGGGAAGAAGUGAGAGGAGUAAGGGAAGAAGCAAGAGCUUUAGUAAAAGAGGAGGGGAGAGGAGGAGUAAGAGAGGAGGGGCGAGGAACGACAGGGAAGGAGGAAAGAGCAGCCGAGGGGAGAGCUGGAGGAGGGCGAGAGGACAGUCGUGGCCCAGAGCCCAGGAGGCAGCGUUUGUGUUCGGACCUGGGUCGUGAGACAGACGAGGCGGCCUUUGUACCCGACUACAGUGAAGGGGAAGGCUCGGAACCAGAGCGAGGAAGGAGCGGCAGCCAGAGUCCCUCCGUCAGCCAGGCCUCCCACAGCCCCUCGCUGAGCAACCACAGCGGCUCGGGAACCACCGCCGACAAGAAGAAGAAGAAACACAAGAAACAUAAGAAACACAAAAAGCACAAGAAGCACGGCAGCCAGGAGAAAGAAGGGGAACACAAGGUGCACAAGCACAAACACAAGAAGAAGAAACACAAAAAGAACAAAGACAAAGAUGCGGAGGAAGAGGAGGAGAAGUCCGAAAAAGCAGAGGAAGGCACUCCAUGCUAACAGGGAACAAAAUCUGUAACUUUGAGAUAAUUAUGUAUCUAGGAAUAACAGCUAACAAUGCCAUGUUGCUCCAUGUGCCACUCUGAAGGGAAGGAAUGAAACCGAACUUUGACUGUCCGAGACACUGAAGGAAGAUCGUGUGACUGUUACUCAAACACUUCAUGUCACCGCAGGACCCCCCAAAAACUCACACGGUACUUUGUUGUGCCUGGUUCACAGCUGCUCAAGCUCCCUCAAUAUUCAAUGCGAGCCUCUUUUGUGACUUCAGGUCAGGAAAAACUCUGGAGACAAGCUGUGCUGCACUAUCGUGAUCAACGUAGAGCCAGCCAGAAAAAGACUGGAAGAUAAUAAGUGAUCACACAGCAGUCAAUCUGAGCGAUUGAAAUAAGAAGCGCUGUACUCAGGGAUGUGAUUGCUUCUUUGCAGAGGAGGAAUUGCUUUUUCUCUGUACGAUUCAUUUGUAAAUAGAGAUGAACUGUUGCUUCACAUAAUAAUAAUUUCCCUUGGUUGUUUUGCUCACAUCCCUGUGUGCCGUUCAAGGUUUAAAUGCUGAAUAACCUUCAUUGCAGAGAGUGUUCUUGUUUCAAGGACUAACUGUUUUGCAUGUUUUAGCACAUCAGCUACAAGUCAUGUACAUUAUCCAUUCCUGCUGCACAUUUCUUUGUUUGUAAUCUCAUUUUGACGCAGCCAUCAGUUUCAGUUCAUGCUAGUGCAGUGUUUUGUUUUGAUCUAAGUUGUGCUGUAAAUUAAGAAAAGACAACAAAGACAAAGAUAAACUUCAAGGAUUAAUCUACAUAAAAUAUGAUAUUCUAAAAUUCAGUUAAUAUCGUGAGUUCACCAAACUCUUUGGAAAUGCUCAGCAGUAAAAUAUUUGUGAUGAAUGUGCUAAUACAUGCAGAAGUACCAGAAUGGUCCUUUAAGUCAAAUGAAGCCUUUAAUGCAUUCAUGCUACACUGGAUUGUAAACAUCUAGGAUGUGUUUAUUAAUAAAUGAAAAUCAAUCUGCAUGUUUUUGUUCCAAAGGUGCAGUAGUUGUUCAUCACAAUGUCUGAUGAGUGUGUGAAUGUGUGUGGUGGUGUGAAAGUGAAACGUGACUUUGGGACGAAGUGGAGGACUAGUGUUCUUACAAAUGAGUUGUUCCUUUUCUUUUUUUAAUUAAAAUGUUUUGACCUGA